AUGAGCGGGAAGAUCAUCGAGGGGGUGGCAGCCACCAUCACAAAAGCGAGCGAGGACGCCGUCGAGAAGCAGCUCAAGCAGGUCGAGGAGCGGCUGGUUGCUGCGGUACUGAAGGGUUUCGAGAAAGCCAUCAUGGAGGACAUGUUCUGCUCCACCCUCCCACCUGAGACCAUGAAGGAGCUGAAGGAAAUUGUGAGGGAAGGCUACCAUGAAGCCGAAGCAGGCAGGUUGGAAGUCCUCACCGAAGCGAUGGCGAGAGGUUUUCAGCGCUCGGCGGGCCCGUCGACGAGGUCGCGUCAGGAGGGUGUGGGAGGGGUUCGCAGCGGGGCUGAGCCUCGAGGUCACGAGCGGUCGGUUCCUCCGUCUUCUUCGGUGGGAGGACAUGUCGGCAGCCCGGUUGGAUCCCCACCGGCGCGUGGCCGUCAUCCCGUCGCCAAGCUCGUCGAAGAAGUCAUCGUACUCGACCAGUCGGCCCUCCCGAAGACCUCCGUAGCGGCUCCGAUCGAUCCACCUGAUGCGUUUGCUUCGAUGCGGGACAUGCUGCAAGGCCUGGGGAAAACGGGUGGGAAAGGAGUGGUCGCGGGGGAGAAAAGUGGUGCCCCGAACGAGCACGUCGCCUCGACCGGGAACAGAGCCCUAGGAAUGCGAGGUGCCUCUACCCCGUCAGGCGGCGGUGCGGGGAAAGGAGCGGGAGAAGCAAGCGCUGGGUUGCUGUCGAAGACUAAAGCGGCAUCAGCUGCGCACGGCAGUGGUGCUGGCCUUGCUGUCGGGCUUGUGGGAAACUGGGCGUCUUCCUCAACCCCUCCAGUUGCUCCUGUCGCCGCUGCUCCGUCCCUAGGCAACGUUUGCCUUAGCGAUCCGGGCUCCCCUUCAACGUCGAAGAAGAAGCCGGCUGCGACGAAGUCUUCGAAGCGCGCUGCACACGCGACAGAGAGCCUUGACGUGGUGGAGCUGGCCAGCGUCCCUGGUCAGGCGCCUGUCGAGAAGACCUCUAUUGUCGUUGCUGCUCGACAGGAAAAGGCGAAGAAGGCCAGGGUCACGGGUCACACCCCACCUCCUCGACUGGACGACCAAGGCAAGACGAGAGGCUGCAAACGUCCCUUCAAAGGACCGGGUUUCGGGUUGCGGAAGGGGAAGCCGGUCGCGCGGCUUGGCCUGAAGCACGAGAAUCUGAUUUACCCGGUCCCGAAGGGCAUGGCGGCGACACCGCACAUGAUGGCCAUCGCAGCAACUGUGGCGAGCUUGUGGGCGGCCUGCAGGAAGUUGUCGAGGGAGGAUAUUAAGAAGGAUGCCCUAGCUGCCGCAAACGCGGCGAUCUACGCCCCGGAGAGUGCAAAGAAGGCUUGUGUGGCUGCCAUGUCCGCACUCGUGUCCAUACUUUUGCACGUCGGCAAGACGUUCCCGGCGAAGCAGUGGCCCGAUCACCUGUAUUCGUCGGUUGUCGAAGGUCUCGGCUCGACGGACGCCAUACUGCUGCAGAUGCUGCGCGUGGCAGCACAGGUCUGUACGCAAUGGUGCUGCUGUCGAGCUGCUGCCCGCUUGCUGGAGGACGCGGGCUAUGGCAGCCUGGCUAUGCCAGAAGAAAAGAGCAAGGCGAAGCAGGGCGACGAGGAUGCAGCUGAGACGGAAACGGGCGGGCAAGGGGAGUAG